UCUGCGGCCCUGGUGAGGGUGGGACGCGGGGGAUGGCCUGAGGGGCGAGCUCGUCGCGCUUUUAGGCCGCCCGGUGCUUGUGUUCCUCUCAGAGCUGCUGUGAAAGAUGUCCCAGCGGAAGCGCAGCAAAGGACUCGGCUCCUCUCAGACGAACGAUGCGGAGGAUGAUUUCAUCCCGACCCAGACCGAGCGGCACUCGCAGGAGCAAGUGAACCAGAAGGUGAGCGAGCUGGUUCAGUUCCUGCUGGUGAAGGACCAGAAGAAGAUCCCUAUCAAGAGGGCAGACAUGCUGAAGAACGUGAUCCGCGAAUACAGAGAUGCCUACUCGGAAAUCCUCAACAGGGCGGGCAGGACCCUGCAGCAGGUGUUCGGGCUGCAGCUGGUGGAGAUCGACCCCAAGCGCCACAUCUUCAUCCUCAUCAACAACCUGCCCCGUGCCCAGGGCGAGCACCUGUGCAGGGACAAGGAGAAGCAGAAGAUGGGGCUCCUCUUGAUCAUCCUCAGCUUCAUCUUCAUGAAGGGCAACUCGGUCAAAGACAGUGCUCUGUGGGAAUUCCUGCACCAGCUCCGUGUGUACCCAGGGAAGCAGCACAGCGUGUUCGGCGACGUCCGGAAGCUGGUGACGGAGGAGUUUGUGCGGCAGAAGUGAGUUGGAGGCUCCU